AUGGACUCCACCACCACCCCGUCCCUCCUCCUCCUCUCCCUCCCCACCUCAGCCCUCGCGGGCAUCGACCUACUAGCCUUCACCACAACGCCAAAAUUCCAGGGCGUGAAAAACCUUCCCCCAGGAUUGCAUUUCACGUUCGUGGGAACGAGUACGGCGUUUGCGGAACGCCAUGGGCUGUGGUUCUACGUGCCCGGGAAGAAGUCGGGAGGGAAAGAAGGGGGGAAAGGCGGCACGACGCCGCUUUUCGUGGCGAAAUGGGACGCGAGGGGGGAGACGCUUGUAGAGGAGACGGGAGAGGCGGAGAUCUUAAGGUGGAGGGCGAAUUUGGGGGGGUUAUGGCGGGAGAAUUUGAUGCCGUAUCGACAGAGUGCGGCGCAGAGAAGCACCGCGGACGAAGCAGACGAUGCGGAAGAAGAAGAAGAAGAAGGAGAAGAAGAAGAGCUAAACGACUGGCCCAGCCUGACAUCCCACAUCACCCCGUCCCUCCUAACCCGCAUCACAGCCAGCUCCGCCUCCGCCGCCUCCCACAGUAAUAAUAGUUGGCACCUGACAACCACCAGCUCCGCGGCCGGGGACCUAGAAGAAAUCCCCAACCUCAACCUCUCCCUCUCCACCACCUCCCCCGCCUCCCAAAAAACCCGCCGCCCCCAGCCCCCCGCCGACGACGCAGAACUCCACCUCACCCCCAUCGACCUCCGACAAACCUGGCGCCCGGGCGCCACGGGCCGCGAGAGGACCGAAGCCGCACAGGACCGCUCCUGGGCCCUCGAGCACAUCACCGCCUCUUCUUCCUCCUCCUUCGGCAAUCUUCAACAUCACCUGGAAGAACUUCUGGGAGAACUCCAAUUCACCUUCCUCACACUCCUAACGCUGAACAAUUAUUCCUGCCUCGCGCAGUGGAAACGUCUCCUGACGCUCAUUUUCACGUGCAAAACCGCCGUCCAGACACAUUCGGACUUCUUCGUAAGCGCGAUGAAGAUUUUGAGAGUACAGCUGCAGCACUGCAAAGGAGACGACGUCGCCGAAGAAGGCGGAGGGGAAGGCUUGAUAGAUCUCAACGACGAAGGCGGGAAUCUGCUCAAAUCGCUGCUCGUGCGCUUUCGUCGGGGGGUGGAGAGCCUACCACCGAGCGAAAAGAACACGGGCAUCUCAGAAGUCGUCGAGGAAUUGGAAGACUUGGAAGAAUACCUGGAAACCUGCCACGGGUGGCGAUUCGGGGGGGAUUUCGCGCGGGCGGGGGUGCUGGAGUUGGAAGACGGCGAGCAGGUGCAGGUGGCGAGCACGGCGUUUGACGCAGAGGAUGAGACGGGGGAGUUUGCGCCGCAGGUGGUGGAGCUGACGGCGGAGCAGGCGAGGUUGUUGGGGGUCACGCCCGAGGAUGCGAGGGAGCUGGGGGUUAGUCUUGGGGGGAUGGGGUUGGGGAAUGGGGUCGCUGGGGUAGUGCAGGAUGAGGGGAGCGAAGACGAGAGUGAGGAAGAAGAAGAAGAAGAGGAGGAGGAGGAGGAGGAGGAGGAGGAGGACAUGCAGGAUUUGGAUGAUAUGGAUCCGAGAAUGUGA